AUGCAGCGGGAGAAACGUGAACCACAGCUGCAGCAGGAGGAACGUGAGACGCAGCUGCAGCAGGAGGAACGUGAAGCACAGCUGCCGCGGGAGGAACGUGAAGAGAGGCUGAAGCGGGAGGAAAAUGAGACCCAGAUGGAGCGGGAGGAACGUGAAGCACAGCUGCAGCGGGACGAACGUGAAGCAAAGCUGCAGCUGGAAGGACGUAAAGCAAGGCGGCAGCGGGAGAAACGUGAAGAACUGUUGCAGCAGGAGGAACGUGAAGCACAGCUGCAGCAGGAGGAACGUGAGACAGAACUGCAGCGGGAGGAACAUGAAGCACAGCUGCAAUCACAGCUGCAGGACGUGGAAUGUGAACGUGAAACACAGCUGCAGCUGGAGGAAAAUGAAACACAGCUGCAACGGGAGGAACGUGAAGCACAGGUGCAGCAGAAAGAACGUGAAGUACAGCUGCAGCAGGAGAAACGUGAAGCACAGCUGCAGCAAGAGGAACGUGAAGCAAGGCUGCAGCAAGAGGAACAUGAGACACAGCUGCAACGGGAGGAACAGCGUCUGAAGCGGGAGGAACAUCAGGCACAGCUGCAGCGGGAGGAACGUGAAGCACAGCUGCAGCGGAGGGAACGUGAAGCACAGAAGAAGCAGGAGGAACGUGAACGUGAAGCACAGCUGCAGCGAGAAGAACGGGAAGCACAGAGGGAGCGGGAGGAACGUGAAGCAAAGCUGCAACGGGAGAAACGUGAAGCACCGCUGCAACGGGAGACGCGUGAAGCACAGCUGCAGCGGGAGGACCGUGAGACACAGAUGAAGCGGGAGGAACGUGAUGAAUCGCUGCAGCGGGAAGAAUGUGAACUGCAGCGGGAGGAACGUCAAGCACAGCUGGAACGGGAAAAACGUGAAGCACAGGUGCAGCAGGAGAAACGUGAAGAACAGCUUCAGGGGGAGGAACGUGACACACAGAUGCAGCGGGAGGAACGUGAAGCAAAGCUGCAGCAGGAGGAACGUGAACUGCAGCGGGAAGAAUGUGAAGCACAACUGCAGCAGGAGGAAUGUGAAUCUCAUUUGCAGCAGGAAAAACGUGAAGCACAGCUGCAGCGGGAGGAACGUGAGAGACAGGAGGAACAUCAGGCACAACAGCAGCAGGAGGAACGUGAAGCACAGCUGCAGCGGAAGGAACGUGAAGCACAUAAGAAGCAGGAGGAACGUGAACGUGAAGCACAGCUGCAGCGAGAAGAACGUGAAGCACAGCAGGAGCGGGAGGAACGUGAAGCAAAGCUCUGCAACGGGACGAACGUGAAAGCACAGCUGCAACGGGAGAAACGUGAAGCACAAUUGCAGCAGGAGAAACGUGAAGAACAGCUUCAGGGGGUGGAACGUGACACACAGAUGCAGCGGGAGGAACGAGAAGCAAAGCUGCAGCAGGAGGAACGUGAAGAAAGGCUGCAAUGGGAGGAACAUGAGGCAGCUGCAGCGGGAGGAACCUGCAGCAGAAGGAACGUCAAGCAAGGCUGCAGCAGGAGGAAAAUGAGACACAUCUGCAGCGGGAGGAACGUGAAAGCACAGCUGCAACGGGAGGAACGCGAAGCACAGGUGCAGCAGGAGAAACGUGAAGAACAGCUUCAGGGGGUGGAACGUGAAACACAGAUGCAGCGGAAGGAACGUGAAGCACAACUUCAGCGGGAGGAGUGUGAAUCACACAAGCUGCAGCGGGAGGACCGCGAAGAGCGUCUGUAG